AUGAUCUUACGGAUAUUACACCUAUUGAGCUUUCUCUCAAUAGUUUGCGCUUUACAUGUACAGCGAAAUGACAAGCGAACAUUCGACGAUUUAAGCGGCUUGUGGACUUUUGUACGCGAAACGACAAACACUGGUGAUAUCGGCAUUGAGAAUAAAUGGUUCGAGAAAGAUUUGAGAGAGUUCAAGAAUCAUACAGUGAUGCCGGUGCCCUGUGCCUACAAUGAUAUGGCUGCAGAUGCGGAGUUGAGAGAUCACGUCGGAUGGGUUUGGUAUCAGAGAAACGAGAUCAUCUCACAGAGAGACAACGACUUUCGAUUGUUCCUCCGUUUCGAGUCAGCUCAAUAUUUCGCGGUUGUGUACUUCAACGGAAAAGAAGUUGGUCGACACGUUGGUGGACAUCUACCCUUUCAAUUCGAGGUCACAAAACAGGUGAAAUUCGGUGCGAAAAACGUGAUCACAGUUGCGGUGAAUAACACGCUCUCGUGGGCGACAAUUCCACAAGCUGAUUUCAACUAUAUGGGGAAUUUAGAGCGAAACACGAGCCGAUUUGAAUUGAUCUCGCGCUAUCCACCGGGUUUCUUCAAAAUGGUCGGCCUAUUCGAUUUCUUUAACUACGCGGGAUUGCUGAGAACGGUGUACAUUGUGAAAAAGCCAAAAAUCUUCAUCGACGAUAUCACGAUCAAUGCGGAACAUCUCGGAUCUUUCAAAUGGGAUGUGACUUCUGAUGGGUAUCAACUCAAGCAGCAAUGCAUCGUUUAUCUCUAUGAUCCCGAUGGGAAAGAGGUUCUACAAGAGCAAAAUUGCACUGGAUCAUCGCAGGUGUCAAAUGUGAGACCUUGGUGGCCUCGAGGAAUGGGUGAUCCUGAUCUCUACACACUUAAAGUGGAAAUCCGUGCUGCAGAUGCCUCACUUGUCGACGUUUACAAUGAAGAGUUCGGCUUCCGGACAGUGAAAUGGGACAAUGAACAGAUCUACAUCAAUGAUCGACCAUUCUAUUGUAUUGGCUUCGGAAUGCACGAGGAUUUUGAGAUUCACGGACGUGGCUACGAUGCAGCGGUGAUGACAAAAGAUAUGAAUUUGUUCGAAUGGAUGGGAGCUAAUUGCUACCGUACCUCUCACUAUCCGUACGCUGAAGAAAGAAUAAAGGAGAGCGAUCGACGGGGAAUCGCUGUCAUUUUGGAGACGCCAGCUGUUGGAUUGAAAGGAUUCCCGAAAGCCAAUCAACUAUUGCACAUGCAAUUUGUCGAAGAAAUGAUCAAGAGAGACAAGAAUCAUCCAGCGGUGAUCAUGUGGAGUAUCUCGAACGAGCCGCACACUGAGAAGAAAGAGGCCAGGGCGUAUUUCAAAGCAUUGAUCGAUCAGGCUCACACGCUGGACCCAACUCGCCCGGUCACUAUCGUUUAUGGGCCCUCAAAUUAUGAUAACGAUCAAACGGCCGAUCUACUCGAUGUGAUUUGCGUGAAUCGCUACUAUGGAUGGUACAUCGAUAUGGGCUUUUUGGAGAAUAUAAAUCGCUCCGUUGUCUACGAUUUGAUGCUGUGGAAAGAGAAAUUCGGAAAAGCGAUUUUGGUCACAGAGUACGGAGCUGAUUCGCUUGAUGGUUUAACACAGGAGCCAGCUGUGGACUUCUCCGAGCAGUACCAAGAUGAGUUGAUUCGCGAGACUCAUAAAGCGUUCGACGUUCUCCGCGCAAAAAAAGUGAUUGGCGGAGAGAUGAUCUGGAAUUUCGCUGAUUUCAUGACCGGAAUGACCACAACACGAGCCGUCGGCAAUCAUAAAGGUGUCUUCACGCGGACGAGACAGCCAAAAAUCGCCGCCUACACUCUCAGGAAACGCUAUUUGGGCCUCUUGCAGCAA